AUGCGUGCUAACUUCAGCUUUCAGUUUCAGUAUGCUUGGCGUCGCUUUUCAGAGUGGUGGUUACUUCAAACUGUUGAACUCUAAUUGUGAUAAUCGCGUUCCGACUAAUUUUGCGCUUUUAUAAGUUCCAAACUUUCGUAGAAUUUUAAACUUACUGACUUACGAGUGUUAGCUGAGUUACAAAAACUUUUGAUUGUUGUUUGGGUGCUUUCAUUUAAGUUUCACUUUUAAAAGUCUAUGGACUAAGGAGGGGAUUUUCCAAUGGGUAUUGUUAACAAGAAGUUGGCGUCAAAUCAAACAAACAACCUCAGGUGAAGUGAACAAUGGAUUGGAAUGACACCAACGAAGAGUUUUCAAGCUAUAAUUUAACUUUUAUGGAAAAUAUCACCACAGCAACCACUGAUCGGGAGUUAUUUCGACCUACACUGAUUCCCGUUACUGGAAAUUGGCAGCCAUGGUAUGGAGCGGGCCGAAUCCAGAUUCCUCUUUACGCAAUUAUAUUCAUAUUGGCUGUUACAGGAAACAUUCUCGUCAUACUCACUUUGGUGCAAAACCAACGCAUGAGGACCAUAACCAAUUUAUUCCUGCUGAACUUGGCAAUAUCUGAUCUCCUUCUCGGCGUUCUCUGCAUGCCAUUUACACUUAUUGGGGCUCUUCUCAGAGAUUUCGUUUUCGGGGCAGUAAUGUGUAAAUUGCUGCCAUUUCUACAAGCUUGCUCAGUAUCGGUGGGAGUUUGGACUUUAGUAGCGAUAUCUGUUGAGAGAUAUUACGCCAUCUGCCAUCCUUUACGCUCGUUACGAUGGCAGACUCUGAAUCAUGCCUACAAACUGAUUUUGUUUAUCUGGAUCGGAAGCAUUAUCUGUAUGGCCCCUAUAGCAGCUCUCAGCCAAUUACAGCCAACACGUCAAGGCAAUCAAAAAUGCAGAGAAAACUGGUCGUCGUUGAAGUGUGAAAAAGCAUACAAUUUAUUUUUGGAUGCAAUACUUUUAGUUAUACCACUUUUGGUGAUGGCAGUAACUUAUUCCUUAAUAACGAUAACGCUUUGUAAAGGAAUGAAGACUGAAAAAUCCAUCAGAAGUAAUGGUGUGAACGCUGUCAAUGUAUAUGUCAACCUCAGAGGAAGAAGCUCAACCCGUUCGUCUUGCAAAAAUUCGUUUUGUCCAUAUUCAAGUAGACAACAGCUUCAACAAAAUUGGUCACAAGAUUCAAACAGUCCUAUUAUAGGUUCCAGAAAACUAACUACAGGUUUGAGGAAAUCAAAUGCAGAACGGAGCCUUCUGAAUAAGAGAAGAGUCGUUAAAAUGUUAUUUGCUGUUGUUUUGGAAUUUUUCAUUUGUUGGACUCCGCUAUACGUAAUCAACACUAUUGCUCUAUUCGAUUCUACAGUGGUUUACAAAAGUAUCGGUUAUACAGGAAUCAGUUUUUUCCAACUGCUGGCAUAUACGUCAAGUUGUUGUAAUCCAAUAACUUAUUGUUUCAUGAAUUUUGGUUUCAGGAAAUCUUUUUUGAAUUUGUUCAAAUGUAUGAAAACAUCUAAUCACUCCACGACGACUGGGAGUGGAAUUAAUUUGGAGACUAAAUGGACGAACAGACUCAGCGAACCUGCCUGUAACUGAAAAUUACGUCAUUUAUUUGAACAGUUAACAAUAAUAUUAUAGAGUUUGACUGAUUGUUACGAUUUUUCUAAUAUUAGGAUGAAUGUUUAGCCAUUGAUAUUGUUCAUAAUAAAAGUUAUCUGAUA